GAACACGAAGUCCAUCAGCUCAAUAUUUUUAUUUGUACGAAAAAUAAUAAAAAUUUAGUUUAAUACUGUUUAUGUAGUGAAAUUAAUUAGUUUUUCAAUUAAGCUGUUUAAGAAUUUCUACAAGGAUGCUUCGGAUAGCCCUGAGAAACGCAUGCUUUCGCAGAGCGCCAAAUGUGGGGGUGAUUCCGGUACGUUUUGUCAGGAAUACACCCGGAAGGAGUCAGGAAAGUGAAACGCACGUUGUCGUAGAGCCAGUUCCUGCAAAAAAGGAUGGAAUAUUGGGAAAAAUACAGAGCAAAUUGGGAUUGUCCGGAAAUUCACAAACCAGACUCCGCUUCUGUAGUUUUAUCCUGUAUGAAUCCAUUGUGGACAGAUUGAACUAUUUGGAGUUCUUUGAGAAAUUCCACCUGCCAAAUACAUUCAAUUCGUGGUUCCUGGUCACAGAGCUCCAUGUCUGGAUGAUUCUCGUGCGUGCAAUGGCUGAGGGGCCGGAAAAGGGUGAAAAUGGACGUUUCCUUCGCAAUUGCAUCGUUGAGGCCAUGUGGAAUGAUGUCAAUACGCGCGCAAAGAAGAUGGAUCCGUCAAAUCCCUCCGGAACGAGGAAACAAAUUGAGAUGUACUCGCAACAGUUUCAGGCAGCUCUCAUAAACUACGACGAGGGACUCAUGGGGGAUGACAAAGUACUUGCUGGGGCUCUGUGGAGGCGUUUCUUCGAAAAGGAAUGCCCCAAUUAUGAAUUGUUGGAAUUUCUCGACGAUAUUCCUACAUGGGCUAUUAAGUACCCUUAA